AAAGCCGGGAAGCUAGCAAAGCUAGGCGUUGGCCUGGUCGCCGCUGGAAGCAUUUUUCCUAUGGUUAUAUACAACGUUGAUGGUGGACACAGGGCAGUGAUAUUCGAUCGUUUUAAAGGCGUCCGUAGUGAGGUGACUGGUGAGGGCACACAUUUCAUCAUCCCUUGGGUGCAAAAACCGAUCGUUUUUGAUAUUCGGUCGCGUCCGAGAAAUAUCCCCGUGAUGACCGGAUCCAAAGAUCUUCAGACGGUGAAUAUUACUUUGCGCAUCCUGUUUCGCCCGGAGCCAUCGUUAUUGCCGAAGAUUUAUCAGAAUCUCGGAUUCGACUACGAGGAACGGGUUCUCCCUUCAAUCACAACGGAAGUGCUAAAGGCGGUUGUUGCGCAAUUUGACGCAAGUGAAUUAAUCACUCAACGUGAACUGGUCAGUCAACGAGUCAAUGAGGAUUUGACGGAACGCGCUUCUUCGUUCGGUAUUUUGUUAGACGAUAUUGCUCUGACUCAAAUCUCGUUCGGACGGGAAUUUUCCGAGGCUGUUGAAGCAAAACAAGUGGCCCAACAAGAAGCCGAACGCGCCCGGUACCUUGUGGAAAAAGCUGAACAGCAGAAAUUAGCUGCUGUCAUAACAGCCGAAGGAGAUUCGGAAGCAGCCACCUUGCUUGCAAAAGCGUUCGGCUCGUCUGGUGAAGGGCUGGUCGAACUACGUCGUAUCGAGGCAGCCGAAGAUAUUGCUUACCAGCUGUCACGGAAUCGCAAUGUGACCUAUCUGCCAGACGGCCAGCAUACAUUGAUCAAUCUGCCUGCGGUCUAA